GCUGUUUAUUGUAAUGGUGAAACCUUUCUUUUGUUUAUCUCUUUGCAGUUAUGUGGCUGUGGGCUGCUGGGUGUGGGCAUCUGGCUGUCAGUGUCGCAAGGAAACUUCGCCACGUUUUCUCCUAGCUUUCCGUCGCUUUCAGCUGCCAACCUAGUCAUUACCAUUGGCACAGUCAUCAUGGUGACCGGCUUUCUGGGCUGCCUAGGUGCUAUCAAGGAAAACAAGUGCCUCCUGUUGAGUUUUUUCAUCGUUUUGCUGAUAAUUCUCCUGGCAGAGCUGAUAUUACUCAUUUUGUUCUUUGUUUAUAUGGACAAGGUCAGUGAGAGUGCAAAGAAGGAUUUGAAGGAAGGUAUGAAGCUAUACAAUUCAGAAAACAAUGUUGGACUGAAAAAUGCAUGGAAUAUCAUUCAAGCAGAGAUGAAAUGCUGUGGUGUGAAUGACUUUACAGACUGGUACCCAGUGCUGGGAGAAAACACUGUCCCAGACCGAUGUUGUACGGAAAACUCCCAAGACUGUGGACGGAACUCCACCGAAUUAGUGUGGAAAACAGGAUGUUAUGAGAGGGUUAUGACCUGGUUUGAUGAGAAUAAACAUGUCCUUGGUUCGAUUGGGAUGUGCAUCCUCAUAAUGCAGAUUCUUGGCAUGGCCUUCUCCAUGACACUCUUCCAGCAGAUUCACAGGACUGGCAAAAAAUACGAUGCCUAAAGCCUCUGAAACAUUAUCACAUCAACCCUUCUGUAUCAUCAUAAAAAUGAACAAAAGGAAUGACCACAGAGAGUAUCAAGCCUAGCCCUGCUGAGGGAAUCCGUCCCAUUGAGUGAUCUACUUUGUUGUUAUUUGUCCACUUAUUAUCACAACUUGUUAUUUGACUAAUUAUUUUUGUCUGUUUCACAUUUGCCGUUUAUUUGCCAAAGAGGGGGGAACCCCCCCAAACAAAUGGAUUUUCUACACAAAAAACAUAAAUCUAGUGUAAGAAUGUUUCUUAAGAUGUUUUGCUCUACUAAUCCAUGCUAUAUGUGCAAAAA